UCUCCACCUUGUUCUAUCCUGAACUCGCCAUCACCACCUCUCGUCCUCUUCCUCGGCCGAAAAGAAAGAUGGAGGCCUUCCUCGCCGGCUUCCGGGCGCCGCCUCGAGCUUCCGCCGUACCCACCGCCCGGAGCCCGCCUCCCAGCCCCUUUUUUCUCGGCACACGGCGCAGUAAGCCCUCCUCCUCCGCCUCCGUGGUCUGCAUGGCGGAGCCACAUCUCAUAUCAAAGUUGGAUUCUACAGAGAAGGCAUGGAAAGAAAUGUCGAUUAGAUUGGGUGACCCUGACAUUGUCUCAGAUCCAAGCGAAUACCAAAAACUUGCACAGUCUGUUUCCGAUCUGGGAGAG